CCCUUCUCACCGAAGGAAGAGGAAUCGUCUUCUUCUUCUUCUUCUUCUUCCUUCCUCCUUCUCUCUUCACUCUUUCUUUUAUUUUUUUUUUGGUUUUCGCUGGGCCAUGAGCGAAACCAUGUCUAGCCCUUCCGAUUGGCUCCAAUUCUAUAACCAAAACGUUUCUACUCAAACGACGUCGUCUUCGGGAGCUCAGGUGGUGGACAAUCGAGUAUCCGAAGCCACCGUUGUCUCCACCACCGUCACUUCCACCACCGCCGUCAAUUCCAGCUCGAACACUGGCCACCUCAGCCCCGACGGCCGCGUCUCCAAGCCCGUUCGCCGGCGGUCCAGGGCUUCCCGGCGAACACCCACCACCCUACUCAACACAGACACUACGAAUUUCCGUGCCAUGGUUCAGCAGUUCACCGGCGGCCCUGGCGCACCGUUCGCGCACCCGUGUGGACCGAGCUUUGGUUUUGGGUUAGCCGCCGGCCGGCAAGCUCAGGUUCACAAUCCGACGGCAAUGAUGCUGCCGCCGGGACAUGGGUAUCAUCAUCCGCAGCAACAGCAGCAGCUGUACCAGCAGCAAGCGCCGCAGUACAUGUUUUCGUUAAGCAACAACAACAACAACAACAACGCAGCCGGCGACGCUUUUCUUCAAAGGCUUGGCGGCUCGAGAGCUGCCGGGCUGGGGGCCGGCUCCGAUGGGUUUGUGAUGGACGGCGUUUCAUCUUCCUCCGGCCAAGUUGGUCCUGCUAGACCUUCUGGCUCCGGCAAUGGGAAUAGGAGUAACAGUUUCAUAUUUUGAAAGAGACAAAGGAGAAUGUUAGGUACUGACUUGUCUUUAGGGAGAAAUUGUUGACCAAUGUAAAUAUAUAUAAUAUUAUAUUUAUAUAUAUAUAUAUCUAAAUAUAUAUCCUUGUCACUUGUUAGCAAUCAUGUCGACUAAACAUUUCAAUGUGGCUUGGUGAGGAUUUGCUUCCUUUGUUUUU